AAAGACCAGCUCUCGACAAGUUGGGUGCUUACGAAAAGAGGAAUUGAAAGGGACAAGCAAGAGAAUAUCAAAUGAGGAGGUCGACGACGAUUGGUUCAAGUUUAUUGCCGAAUAUGGGAAGAAUUCAUUUUUGACCUUGAAGGAACAUAAGUUGCAUUGUACACCACCAUUGGAGCAUGAUCCUAAAAUGAAAGAUGAUACUGGAAAUGUUGUGGUGACUCGCGGCCACCCACGGCCAUCCAAGCUAAUUCACGGUGGCCUCGAGGAAAGAAAUGUCUUUGUUCCGUCCAAAGACACCAACACUUUCGCUCGCUCCCAAGAUUUUCUAAUGACUUUAAAUUUUCGUAAUCGUCAAAGGUCUCAUCCCACGACAUCCCUCGACAUCUCCUCCCUAUUCACUUUCACGAAUUGUAAUACACGCGAUAGAUAA